AUGAACGAGACAUUCGUAAAACAUUUGAAAACAUCAAUGAAUACAAUCAACGUAGUGGUGAUAUCGUUCCAAUUUCUUUGGACUUAUCAUAUUCUUCUAUCUUCCCAAUUAAAUUUAUUGAUGACUUUACUUAACAAAUCUUCAAAUUUGGAGUUAGAAUUAGGUUUAAGUCUCUACUCGCCCGAACAGAGUAAUAAUAUUGCUAAUUUUAAAUAUGCUAAUAGUGUCAAUAUGAUACGUAUGCUGAAUAGAUAUUCUGAUGAAGAAGUAAAAAAGCAUAAUUUAGUCUUGGAUCUUUCAAAUUUUAUUAACAUAAGAAAGGUUUAUGACUGGUCAUCAGACAGGAAAUUAAAAUUCCCUUACACUAUCGGUAACCAGUUAACUGAUUUAUAUGUUAAAUGUAAGUACUUUGAAUUAAUCUCAUGUUCCCUUAAUAAUUUGAAGCAUCUUAAUUUGAAAUUUGAAAAUAAUUAUAAAUUUAGUGUUAAAAAUUUACCUAGAAAUAUCGAAUCACUAGAUAUUGACGGCGAAAUUGAUAGUGAAAUUACUCUUCUCAAAAUUAAUUCAAAAGAUGACUGGCCCCAGAACCUUAAAGUUUUGAGAUUAAUUAGAGUAAUUUAUUCUAACAUCAAUAGCGAAGUAGAUUAUAAGCUACCACCUCGCUUGAAAAAGGUACUGCUUAUUGGUAAAUCUACUCUCACUUUCUUUCGCUUUUUGCAGGACAAAGUAAAUCAUUUAUUUGUUAAUAUGCAAGGGGAUAGUGAAUGCUACUGCGAGAAUAUUUUGAAGACUCCAAUCAGUCUUAGAGAUUUGGAAAUUAAAAGCUGGAAUGUAGUGCCAGGAAUCAUUCCGAUAGUAUUUGAAUGCAAAUUAGAGAGGUUUUGUUUAUCUCGCAGCAAUUUCCCCCUUCAUGAAUUUGAUCUUCAAAUGUUGAAACAUUCCUUGAAGGACAUUACUUUACAAUGGUAUAAAUCUUCAUUAUCAUCCUUAGAUUUUACUAUGUUUACAAGUUUAACAUAUAUUACUUUACAUCAAUGCAAAUUUGAUAAUUGGGAUAGUUAUCAUGAUACAUUUGUUGUUAAUUUGAAAUUAUUUGACUUAGAAGAAUAG